CCCCGCCCGGCCACCCGCACCAGGGGGCCUGAAUCCCACAGCGCCCAGAUCCUCCCUGCGCCCCGUGCCCGAUUACCCCUGCUCCCACAGUGCCCGAUUCCCCUGCGCCCACAGCGCCCAGAUCCUCCCUGCGCCCACAGUGCCCGAUUCCCCUGCGCCCACAGCGCCCAGAUCCUCCCUGCGCCCACAGUGCCCGCUUCCCCUCUGCCCACGGUGCCUGAUUUCUCUGCACCCACGGUGCCUGAUUUCUCUGCACCCACAGUGCCCAAUUACCCCUGCGCACACAGUGCCCGAUUCCCCUCUGCCCACGGUGCCUGAUUUCUCUGCACCCACAGUGCCUGACUCCCUCUGCUUCCAUGGUUCCCGAUUCCCCUGCGUCCAGGGUGCCCGAUUCCCCUCUGCUCACGGUGCCUGAUUCCCCUGCACCCACAGUGCUCGAUUCCCCUCUGCUCCCAUGUGUCUGAUUCCCCGGCGCCCACAGUGCUCGAUUCCUCUACUCUCACAGUGCCUGAUUCCCCUCUGCCCAUAGUGCUUGAUUCCCCUGCUCCCACGGUGCCUGAUUUGCCCUGCUCCCAUGGUGCCCAAUUACUCUCUGCCCACAGUGCCCAAUUCCCCUGCACCCACGGUGCCCAAUUACCCCUGCUCCCACAGUGCCUGAUUAUCCUCCACCCACAGUGCCCCAUUCCCCUCUGCCCACAGUGCCCACUUACCUCUGCGCCCAUGGUGCUCAAUUCCCCUCUGCUCACUUCCCCUGCACCCACUAUGCCUGACUCUCUCUGCUCCCGUGGUACUCGAUUCCCCUUUGCUCAUGGUGCUUGAUUCCCCUGCUCCUACUGUGCUCGAUUCCCCUAUGCCAACGGUGCCCGAUUCCCCCUGCUCCCACGGUGCUUGAUUCCCCCUGCUCCUACUGUGCCCGAUACCCCCUGCUCCCACGGUGCUCGAUUCCCCUCUGCCCACGGUGCCCGAUUCCCCCUGCUCCUACUGUGCUCGAUUCCCCUCUGCCCACAGUGCCCGAUUCCCCCUGCUCCUACUGUGCUCGAUUCUCCUAUGCCCACGGUGCCCGAUUCCCCCUGCUCCCACGGUGCUCGAUUCCCCUCUGCCCAUUGUGCCUGAUUCCCCCUGCUCCCAUGGUGCCCGAUUCCCCCUGCUCCCACGGUGCUCAAUUCCCCCUGCUCCCACGGUGCUCGAUUCCCCCUGCUCCCAUGGUGCCCGAUUCCCCCUGCUCCCGUGGUGCCCAAAUCCACUGCAUCUACGAGGCCUGAAUCCGCUGUGUCCACAGAGUCUGAAUCCCACCUUUAUCCCUGGUGCAGAAGCUGCUCAUGAAGCCUGAGUCCCUGGCGUUCCAGCCUCUGCCUGCCCCCCUGCUCCCUCUGCACCGGCGGUGCCCAACCUCUGGCAUCCCACCUCCCUCUCCCUCAAGAGCCAGCCCCCCACCACACCAUGUCAGACUCAACCCCCAAUGUCCAGGAUGCCAGGCUGCUGCCCAAGCCCCCCCCCAUCCUCGCCAUGACAGCUCCCUGCCCAGGUGUGCAGCUCUGCCCCAAGGGGCUGAUGGACGGAGGGAAGAUGGCCGUGGACACCAGGAUCCCUUCUCCUAUGACUAUGACACCCUGCGCAUGGUCGGCCUCGUCCUGGCCAUUGUCAUGUUCGUGCUGGGCAUCCUGACAGCGCUGAGUAAGAAAUUCAAAUGUAAAAAGUCCGACUCCAGCCUAUCGGAGGCCAGGCAACCGGGAAAGACCCCAACUCCAGCAGGCAGCGCGUAGGCCUGGUGCCUAGGAUGUAGCGCCCCCCUCUGGUUGGGGGGUGCAGACCCUGCUGCCCCCCCCCCGCCCAGGACGGCUCCAAGACCUCGGCUCCAGCGCCCGGCGACAUCCGUGGGGGCAGGGAAGGGGAAGCCCUGUUAUCUGAGCCCCCGUCUUUUAGAACCUCUGCCUCCAAUUGGCUGGCGAGCCCAUUGCAUGCUGGGAGCAGGCACCAUAUGCAGGGAGGGGGGGGUCCCUUAGUCUCACUUGGCCCCCGCAUCUUGAUCCACUGGGUCCCCUUCACUUCCUGUCUCCCCCAGCGCAUGUGACCCCCGCCCAUGCCAUUACUGCUUUGCUUACGGCACCCCCCUCCCUGCUGCAUCGGGGGGGUGCUCCAUGUGGGAGGAAUGGCCACACACCACCAACACCCCCCCCACCCAGGCCCAAACACGGGCUCCACCUGGGCAGGGGGCCCUGGGCCAGCAGCUGGAUGCUGACAAGGUGCUGCUUUCGUGACGUGUUUUCAGCUGCCCCCAGGGGGCGCCACCUUGUGGCUGCCCCCCCACCCCCAUGCACGGGGCAGAGCAGACCCAGCGCUCAAUAAACAUAGGGUUGUUUCUUA